ACCACCACGCGCCACAGCUCCAAUCUCCCGUCCGUCCAUCUUCCUUUUGUUUUUGUCCGUCGUGCGUUUUUCUUUUUUUUUGGUGUAUAUAUAUAUACCUCCCCUCCUCUUCUCUCCUUUCUUUGUGUGUGUGUGCGUGUGUGUGUGUGUGUGUGUGUGUGUGUGCGGUGCUGGGGACUGCUGAAUGGCAGCCAAUGGGAGGGUUGAGUCCCCUCAGCCUCCUCUCAGCCUCCCUGACAUCCACACAGCGAGAAGUGAUGCAGCGCGACUGAGACGCGCAGUUGAGGUGGAACAAAACGCGCACACACACACUCACACUCACACACACACACUCUCUCACACAGACACGCACACACAAAAAGAAAAUCUGCAGCGAACGGAUACACUCCUCUUCUCCUCCCGACACCACCAAGCCCCCGGAACAUUUUUUUUUACUCCGAGAAUAAACUUCAUUAUCAGGUGCUGGUUGCCUCCCCGUGCGAGUGCGAGGAGCCGUCCCUGCUUCAGUAGGUUACAGCAUGAGGACUGAUCCGACGCUCUGACCGAAGAACGCCGGACGCAGACCCCUGAGCGGCGGAGACGAGAGAAGGUCGCGGCGGUGUGGUCAUGGAUAGAGGGAAAGUGUGCGUGCUGAUGGUGCUGUGGGCCGCGGCACACCUCAGCUCUCCGGGGUACGGGCUCAGGGCCCUGCGGAGGACUACAGGGGGGCGGAGGGGGUCCGCGGGACUGACGGGACAGGACGCCAACGGAGUGCCGCUCAGACGCUCCAAGCGAGGGUGGAUGUGGAACCAGUUCUUUUUGUUGGAGGAGUACAUGGGGACGGACAUGCAGUAUGUCGGAAAGCUUCAUUCGGAUUCCGACCGAGGAGACGGAAGCGUGCGGUACGUCCUCAACGGGGACGGGGCGGGCUCCCUCUUCAGGAUCGACGAGAAGUCGGGGGACAUCCACGCCACCAAGAGGCUGGACCGGGAGGAGAAGGCCUACUACAUCCUCCACGCCAAGGCCGUCAACCGCUUCACCAACGAGGCGCUGGAGGGCGAGUCCGAGUUCAUCAUCAAGAUCCACGACAUCAACGACAACGAGCCGCGGUUCACCAAGGACCCGUACAUGGCUCGAGUCCCUGAGAUGUCCGACAUCGGCACCUCGGUGAUUCAGGUGACGGCCAUCGACGCGGACGACGCCACCUACGGGAACAGCGCCAGGGUGGUGUACAGCAUCCUGGAGGGCCAGCCGUACUUCUCCGUGGACCCGGAGACCGGCCUGAUCAAGACGGCUCUGCCCGACAUGGACCGGGAGGUCAAAGAGAACUACCAGGUGGUGAUCCAGGCCAAAGACAUGGCCGGUCAGAUGGGCGGCCUCUCAGGAACCACCACGGUCAGCAUCACGCUCUCCGACGUGAACGACAACCCGCCGCGCUUCACCAAGACCGUGUACGAGUUCCGGGUGCCCGAGUCCAUCGAGCUGGGCUCCACGGUGGGACUGCUCCGAGCCAUGGACGGAGACAUCGGCGAGAACGCGGAGAUGGACUACAGGGUCAUCGGGAGCGACGGCCCCGGCAUGUUCGACAUCGCCACCAACAGGAGCACGCAGGACGGCAUGAUCGUGCUGAGGAAGCCGCUGGACUUCGAGAGGAAGCGUCAGUACAGCCUCCGCGUGCAGGUGGAGAACGUGCACAUCAACCCCCGCUUCUUCUCCAUGGGCCCGUUCAGGGACGAGGCCACCAUCAAGAUCGUGGUGGAGGACGUGGACGAGCCGCCGGUGUUCGAGCGGGCCAGCUACGUGAUGGAGGCCAAAGAGGACGCGGCCAGGAACACCAUCAUCGGCUCCGUCAGCGCGUCCGACCCCGACGACAAGAACAGCCUCGUCAGGUACUCGAUCGAUCGGCGCACGGACAUGGACCGAGUGUUCAACAUCCACGCGGGCAACGGGUCAGUGUUCAUCCUCAGGGAGCUCGACCGGGAGGACAACGCCUGGCACAACAUCUCCGUCAUCGCCACAGAGUUCAACAACCCGCGGCAGAUCAGCCGUGUGCCCGUCUACAUCCGAGUGCUGGACGUCAACGACAACCCUCCGACGUUCGCCACCAACUACGAGACGUUUGUGUGCGAGAACGCAAAAGCUAAUCAGAGGAUUCAGACCGUGAGCGCCACAGACCCGGACGAGCCCCUCGGAGGUCACCGCUUCCUCUUCACUCUCGCACCGGAUGCUGCUGGGAAGGCUAACUUCUCCGUGCGUGACAACAAAGACAACACGGCCUGGAUCCUCACGCGCAGGAACAGCUACAACAGUCUCCAGAUGAGCAUCUACCACGUGCCCGUGGUCAUUUCUGACAGCGAGUUCCCGAUGCAGAGCAGCACCAACACGCUGACCAUCAGGGUGUGCACGUGCGACCGCGAGGGCAACAUGAAGCUGUGCAACGCCGAGGCGCUCACGGCGAGGGCGGGACUCAGCACCGGGGCCCUGGUGGCCAUCCUGCUGUGUGUCAUCAUUCUGCUCAUGAUCGUGGUGCUGUUCGCUGCCCUGAGGAGACAGAGGAAGAAGGAGCCUCUGAUCAUCUCCAAGGAGGAUGUCAGAGACAACGUUGUCAGCUACAAUGAUGAAGGGGGCGGAGAGGAGGACACUCAGGCGUUUGAUAUCGGAACACUGCGCAACCCGGAGGCCAUCGAGGAGAGCAAGCAGCGGAGGGACAUCGUGCCCGAGACCUUCUACCCUCCGGUCCGACGGCCUGUGCUGCCCCCGGCCCGGGACAAUAACGGGGACGUGAGGGACUUCAUCAACCAGAGGCUCCAGGACAACGACAGCGACCCGACGGCGCCGCCUUACGACUCCCUGGCCACCUACGCCUACGAGGGGAACGGCUCCGUAGCCGAGUCCCUCAGCUCACUGGAGUCGGUGACCACCGAGGGCGACCAGGACUACAACUACCUGAGCGAGUGGGGGCCGCGCUUUAAGAAACUGGCGGACAUGUACGGGGGCGACGACAGCGACAGGGAUUCCUAACGAGAGCCCGGAGCACAGACGAGGAGCAGAACACACGUUGGAAAACUUUCCCAGUUCUGGUGCACGUGUGGCGAGAAGAGCGGCGCGGGGACGGAGAAACGAACCCUGUCUGUCCGAGAGCUCCUUCGCCGCCGCCGCCGCCGCCAUCGAUCACCUUUCAGUCGUCCCUCCGGUGACCUAACGUAGGCUUUGUGUGUCCAGUCAGUGUUAGUUGCGUUUUUGCGAGGGAACAGUGAAGAGACUUUGUGUCGAGACUUUUUCUUCUGUGUGUAUAUGGGGGUGUACAUGAGGCCCAAAUAUAUCUAUACCGACAUUUUCUUUUUUUGGGAGUGGGGGGGUGGGGGUGGGGUUUGUUUUUCCAAAGCUGCCUGUGAUGGACACGCUCAACAAGCAGUUUUGUAAACCAACAGAUAUGCCUGUGUACUUUUCAGUGUUUCCGGGACAAAACCAUGCUGCAUAUUGUGCGUUCUAUCUUAGCUUGUGUACGUGCGGUGAGAUGAUACGAUGCGCUGUACAGUUGUUUUUCUUUUUCUAAAAAGGAUUUCUAUCGUCCGACGCGACCCCCGCCUCCCUUUCAGCGACGGCCGCCCCCGCGUUAGCCACUUCUCCACAGCGGUCGCUUUUAGCCACAAGUGCCGGUGACAGUUUUGGUUUGUACAGGUUGAAAUCCGGACGGGCUCUGUGCUGGUCGUGGUGCACCGCUGUCGACGAGUGGCAGCUGAAACGAAGCCGCGGCAGAGGACUCAUCGGUUUGUCAUUUUUUGUCAAGUAUCUGCUUUUCACCUCCACACAGCUGUUAGCGUUUGCUGUGAGGCUGAAAGACCAAAUACUCACUGAGCUGAAUGUCGUCGGACGCAGUUUUUCUCUGCGUGAAGCCAACGGUGUUAUUUUCAAAGCUGAUAGAAAAAAAAAAUUGGAAAAUCACUAACAUGUGCCAGACUCAGUUAAAGCAACACUAUGUAAGUUUUACUGAGCCACAGCGCCCCCUGCAGCCACAUGUGGGGGAUUCACUCGCUGUCGGGCUUCGUGUCCGAGCGAUGACCCAACCGAACGAUGGAUAUUACCCACAAUCCCCAGCUUCCUGACCCAGAAGAGCUGCUGCUGUAUCAAAUCCACCAAA